AUGAAUCCAUCAGGUUCUCCAGAAAGUGGCAAGAAGGGUUUUCCCAAAUCAACAAAGCAAGCACAAAAUAAUCAGUAUCCAUUAAUUCGCAACUAUAGUGUUUCUCUUUAUAGGUUUCAAGUAAAAAGAGUUGCAGCUCACAUCUUUGGUCCUUCCUUCUCCAUUUCUCUCAAUGGGCAGCAGCCUCAGCUCGCUCUUGGGAAUUCAGUGUCACUCAGGAGUUCCAAAACGUUGGGAUUUAAGAAUGGGAUUCGAGGUUUUAGUCUCAAGAAUUUGGAUACAUCUAAGGUUUUCAUGAGUGCUGCUGUCGGAUCUCAAACUGUUGUCAAUGAUGCCUUGUACCAUGAUUAUAAACCCAGCUGCGCUUUCCUCUUCCCCGGUCAGGGUGCACAAGCUGUUGGAAUGGGUGCAGAGGCUCAGAAGGUGCCUGCUGCUGCUGAAUUGUACAAAAAGGCAAAUGAAAUACUGGGGUUUGACCUUUUGGAUAUUUGUCUUAAUGGACCAAAAGAAAAGCUAGAUUCCACUGUUCUAAGCCAGCCUGCCAUCUAUGUCACAAGCUUAGCUGCAAUUGAAGUUCUCCGGGCACGUGAUGGAGGUCAGCAAAUUAUUGAUUCUGUGGAUGUUACUUGUGGUCUGAGUCUGGGGGAGUAUACUGCCCUUGCAUUUGCCAGAGCCUUCAGCUUUGAGGAUGGGCUCAAGUUGGUCAAGCUUAGGGGUGAAGCAAUGCAGGAUGCUGCAGAUGCUGCACAAAGUGCUAUGGUCAGCAUCAUAGGGCUGGAUUCAGAAAAGGUGCAAAAGCUGUGUGAUGCAGCCAAUGAAGAAGUUGAUGAGGCUAACAAAGUUCAAAUUGCUAAUUUCUUAUGUCCUGGAAAUUAUGCUGUCUCUGGAGGUGUGAAAGGAGUGGAAGCUGUAGAAGCCAAGGCAAAGUCAUUUAAAGCUCGAAUGACGGUGCGGCUAGGUGCAGGUGCUUUCCACACAAGUUUUAUGGAACCAGCUGUCUCAAGAUUAGAAGCUGCUUUAGCAGCAACAGAAAUCAAAACUCCUAGAAUACCUGUUAUAUCAAAUGUAGAUGCAGAGCCCCAUGCAGAUCCUGAGACAAUCAAGAAAAUAUUGGCCCGGCAGGUUACUUCCCCAGUUCAAUGGGAGGCAACAGUUAAGACCCUUCUUACCAAAGGACUGAAAAAAAGUUAUGAAUUAGGACCCGGAAAGGUCAUAGCUGGCAUUGUGAAGAGAAUGGAUAAAGGUGCUGACCUUGAAAAUAUCAGUGCCUAAAUGCCUGGCUUGGAUGACUGUGAACUAAAGAGAACAAUCAUCCUUUCUUCCCAUUUUUCUAGCAUCUAGUAACAAUCUAUGUCGGUGAGGUGUGCCUAGCCUCGUUGAGUUGAGGAUGGAGUAUAACUGGCUUCAAUUUUGAUAUCUGUUGUCUUCUGCUCUAUUGGAACCGUUAAAUUUUGGAAAGUGCAAUGAUGAUUAUUGUAUUACUAAUUGAUUCUGUA